CCAACGCAUUCCUUCAAAAAAUAGAAAAAGCCCUAAAAUCUGCAAAACCCUCUCUCUCUCUCUCUCUCUCUCUCUCUCUCUCUCAUGGCGUCGAUCAAGACCUCCUCUCGCUACCCAUCGUACGACGCUCGUUCUUCCACGUCAUCACACCCAUCUGACAUCUCCUCCUCAACGGAGUUCCGACCCCCCACCACCACCCGCAGAUCACCGUCAGAUCCAAUGCCAACGUCCCAGAAUUCAUCUCGCAUCCUCGCCCGGACCAAAUCUGCGGAUAUCAUCAGGGCGAAGAACUCGCAGAACUUCAGCUCCAUGGUCAAGAAAUUCAUGGAGAAGAGGUCAAAGCCGAAGUCCGAUCGGACGGGCUUGAUCAUUCCGGCUGAUUUCAUCGCAGCGGAUCUGAAGAAGAAGGGUGCGAAGAACUCGAAUCUCUCGUCCCUGCCAAAGAAGCUGUUUCAGAAGGCGGUGACAGGGUCCGCAUCAAAGAAGGAUUGGUCGGGGGAGACGAAGGCACUAACGGAGGUGAAGUCCAACACGCGGACUCUGGCAAUGGUGCUGAGGAGCGAGAGAGAUCUGCUGAGCCAGAACAAGGUGUACGAGGCUGAGAUCCAGGAGCUGAGGCUGAUGCUCGAAGACAAAAACAGAGAAGUCGAAAAGUUGAAGGAUUUGUGUCUCAACCAAAGGGAGGAAAUCAAAGCAUUGAAAAAUGCAAUCCUAUUCCCCGAUGCCAUGAAUUCCCAGCUUCACGAGCUUUUAGAGAAGCAAGGGUCGGAGCUAAAGCAAGCAAAGCAGGUGAUUCCGACUCUACAAAAGCAAGUAACUUCUCUUACGGGCCAGCUCCAAUGCCUUGCAGAGGAUCUUGCUGAGGUGAAGGCAGACAAAUAUGCAACAAGGGCAUGCUUCGAGGGGCACAUCAGUUCUCCAAGAACACCAAUGUAUGAUCAAGAGGCCAGCAAUUCUCUGGAGUUCAGUUCGGGGGAUCCUAUGACACCAGGUGGUAGCCCAGAUGACAUGUUUCUCAAUGACUUGAAUCCUUGCUUGACUCCUUGUUUUUCCAAGAUGAAAUCCAAGGAAUGUGAGGAGAUGAUGGGUGAUGAUUCUCAGCAUGAAGAUAGUUCGUUUGGAAGCAUCACACAAGUGUACCGCCAAGAGAAGUGUUUGAGCUCAAACGGUGGGAAAAUGUCCAAGAGCUCAGAAUAUUCUCAAAGGCCCAGCUUGGGGAGCAGUGGUAAUGCCACCCGUGCAGCUCGCAAAUCAGAUGAAAGCAAAUGCAGCUUCAGGAAGCCGACGCAUCAGAAGCUAUUCCGAUUCUGAUGUCUGCAGAUCCCCCUCUUUGUUUUCCUUCAUUUCAGUUAGUGAACUUUAUUUCUCCUUGGUGUUCGAAAUCUGCUACGGUUUGCUGUUGAGUACCAUGAGGUUUGCUAGCUUUGCAUUCACCUUUACAUGCAGCAGGGUGUGUGAAGAUGAAAAUAUGCAGAAAAUCAUGAUUGGUCCACUCAUUGGGUGGGCUACUCCUGGGAUUCAAACUGCCACUGCUAUGUGGGGCCCACUGCAAUGUCCAUCAGUUUGAGCUCAUGCUUGGACAUUUUCCAAAAAAUUGAGGCAGAUCCAAAGGACAGGAAAUAGCGGGGGAUAGAAAUGGCCACCAUUGAAAUCUUCCUGAGGCCCACAUGACAGGAAACUGCGGGGAUAGAAAUGGCCACCAUUGAAUCUUCCCAGGGCCCACCCUGAUGUUUAUAUGCCUUCCAAACCGUUCAUAAGUUCAUUUACACUGGGAUGAACCAACUAGCAUGAUCCAAAACUUUUGUGGCCUCAACAAUGUUGGGCAAUCAAUCCCUACUGUUUCCUGUGCAUGCCUCACUUGAGUUUUGAAUCUGCCUUGUUUUUUGAUCCAUUUCCUAACAUGAGCAGGUGAAACUGAUGGAUGGAGAUUGCGGACAUGGGUCUUCCCAGGAAAAAAAAAGAAUUUGGGUCCACAUUCCUUGUUUGUGUAGCCCACCUGUUGGGUGGAUGGUUCAGAUUUUUUUUUUUCGUUUUGUUUUUGUCCAUUCAUCUUCUCAGUGGGCCCCUGCUUAUGGACCACUUUGAGCCUGAUGUGUGCCUAUGGGGCUAGCAAACCCAUGUAUGGUGUACAGCUAAAUUGAGCCUUGUAUGGGUUGAUGAUCAUCGAUGCUGAGGGAGUCGUUAUGAUCGUAAAUCAUCAAUUCUAAAAGUUUUUGAUGUAGAGUUUUCAGUUAUUAGCCUUUGGCCUGUUUCAUGAACACAAGGUUUGAAAAACGGUUUUAUGGCUGUUGCGACAGUCAAUUGGUAUUAAAAUGGGCAAAUGGAGAAUUUAUAAAUAUUCUAAAUGAAUUUCGGUUCUGAAA